GGACAAGAUGGCGGCUGCGCGGCUCGUUGGGGUUCUGGCCAGGCUCGGCGGGGCUAACAGGACAGGUUAUACUUGCAGGCAUCUCUCCAUGUCAUCAGCACUACUGACAAGAACCCACGUAAACUAUGAGAUCAAAGAUGAUGUUGCUGUUGUUCGAUUUAACACCCCCAAUUCCAAGGUGAACACACUGUCCAAGCAGCUGCAGACAGAAUUCAGCGACGUUAUGAAUGAAAUCUGGGCCAACGACGCCGUCCAAAGUGCCGUCCUAAUCUCUUCCAAACCGGGCUGCUUCAUCGCUGGGGCUGAUAUCAACAUGAUUGAGUCCUGUAAGACCAGCCAGGAAGUCACGCAGCUGUCCCAGGAAGGGCAGAAAAUGUUUGCCAAGCUGGAGAAGUCCCCCAAACCCAUAGUUGCUGCCAUCAAUGGUUCCUGCCUGGGAGGUGGAUUAGAGGUGGCCAUUGCCUGCCAGUACAGAGUGGCAACGAAGGACAAGAAGACUGUUCUGGGGACCCCAGAGGUUUUACUUGGGUUGCUGCCCGGGGCAGGAGGAACACAGAGGCUGCCCAGAAUGGUGGGGCUUCCCACAGCGUUUGACAUGAUGCUGACUGGAAGAAACAUCCGAGCCGACAGGGCAAAGAGAAUGGGAUUGGUGGAUCAGCUUGUUGAUCCUCUCGGACCAGGCCUGAAAAGUCCAGAGGAUAGAACUAUCGAGUACCUGGAAGAAGUAGCUGUGGACUGUGCCCGAGGAAUAGCCAAGAAGAAGAUCUCAUUGAAGAAAGAGAAGGGUCUGAUGCAGAAGGUCACAGACUAUGUCAUGUCCGUGCCGUUUGUCCGGCAACAAAUCUACAAAACAGUGGAGAAAAAAGUGAAUAAACAGACAAAGGGUCUUUACCCUGCCCCCUUGAAGAUUAUUGAGGUGGUAAGGACUGGGCUGGACCAGGGACAGGAGGCUGGCUAUCUGGCCGAGGCACAGAAAUUCGGGGAGCUGGGAACGACCCCAGAGUCCAAAGCACUAAUCGGGCUGUACCACGGACAGGUUAUUUGUAAGAAGAAUAAGUUUGGCACUCCAGAAAGACCAGUACAGAAAUUGGCUAUACUUGGGGCUGGCCUUAUGGGAGCUGGCAUUGCUCAGGUCUCUGUGGAUAAAGGGUUAAAGACCAUUCUGAAGGACACGACAGUGGAAGGCUUAGGAAGAGGGCAACAACAAGUCUACAAAGGGCUUAAUGACAAGGUGAAGAAGAAGAGUCUGACUUCGUUUGAGAGAGACAGCAUUGUCAGCAACCUGACGGGGCAGCUGGAUUAUAAGGGUUUCGAGACAGCCGACAUGGUGAUCGAGGCCGUGUUUGAGGAUAUCCGCAUUAAACACAAAGUUCUACAGGAGGUGGAAGCUGUUGUCCCCCCACACUGUAUAUUUGCCAGCAACACGUCGGCCCUCCCCAUCUCUCAGAUAGCAGCCGCCAGCAAAAGGCCAGAAAAAGUGAUCGGGAUGCACUAUUUCUCCCCUGUGGAUAAGAUGCAGCUGCUGGAAAUAAUCACUACUGACAAAACCUCUAAGGACACCACCGCUGCCGCUGUCGCUGUCGGCCUCAAGCAGGGCAAGGUGAUCAUUGUGGUAAAGGACGGGCCAGGAUUCUACACUACCCGCUGCCUUGGUCCCAUGAUGGCUGAAGUUGUCCGUGUCCUGCAGGAAGGGGUAGAUCCCAAGAAACUGGAUGCCCUCUCUACCGGCUUUGGUUUCCCAGUAGGGGCAUCUACUCUAGCUGACGAGGUGGGCAUCGACGUGGCGGCUCACGUGGCUGAGGACCUUGGCAAAGCUUUCGGAGAGCGCUUCGGGGGCGGGAACAUUGAGCUCUUGAAAGCUAUGGUGGCCAAAGGAUUCUUGGGGCGUAAAUCAGGAAAAGGCUUUUACAUUUAUCAGCAGGGAGUGAAGAACCGGUCCAUUAACUCUGGCACUGAGGAGAUACUGGAGAAGUUCAAGCUACAGGCCAAGCCUGAAGUCUCCUCCAAUGAAGACAUCCAGUUGCGCUUGGUCACUCGCUUUGUGAAUGAGGCAGUGAUGUGCCUGCAGGAGGGAAUCCUCGCUAACCCAGUAGAGGGAGACAUUGGGGCUGUGUUUGGCCUUGGGUUCCCCCCAUGUCUGGGCGGCCCAUUCAGGUACGCCGACGCCUUCGGAGCAAAGCGCAUAGUGGAGAAGAUGCGCAAGUACGAGAGUGUGUACGGCAGCCAGUUCACCCCGUGCCAGCUGCUGCUCGACCACGCCAGCGACCCCAGCAAGAAGUUCCACCAUUAAACCACUAACUCUCCCUGCUCCUAAGGAAGCGGCUGUGAGGAACCGAGCGCAGUGUCCCCGGAGGAGAAUGAAGGUGUUAAAGUGUGGUGCACUAACGCAGAGAAUACUGCCCCUAACCCUGAUGAGCGAUUGUAGCCAUACGUGCCUUAGAUUGAACGCCACUCGGGCACUUGCGCUCCACCCAGUUAAGCUUUUCCGUAUGGCUGGUAUUUGCACUUACGUCUGGCUCAGAGACAUUUUAUCUGAUUCGCCAGUAUGGGGGGGAGGUCCCUGUCUAUGUGGGAGGUCCGCCCACUUUGCUGGCAGUGAAGCCAUUCCAUUGCAAUGUGGACUUGAUCAAUAAAAUAUCCUUUU